CUUCCUUAUUCAGAGAGAUAAACUUCUGUGUAAUUCAGAUAAAUUGUCAAUAGUCUUUAAUCUGUAAAACCAUAUGCAACCUCCUAGCUUCUCUCUGAUUUUCUUUGUACUUGUAGCACUGGGAACCAGUCAGUUUCUGUCAUGUGUAGCAAUGGACAACAUCACCUCUAUCAGUAGGUUGCAAGAUGAUGGCAGCACGCUCAUGUCUGCUGGGAAAAUCUUUGAACUUGGCUUCUUCAGUCCUGAUGGUAACGAUGUUGAAACAUAUCUAGGCAUAUGGUAUUACCUGCGGAAAACAGUUGUAUGGGUUGCCAACAGAGAUAAACCAAUACUACAUUCAUAUGGAUAUCUUUCCAUAGGUGAAGAUGGCAAUCUCAAGUUGCUGGAUGAGAUGGGAACUUCAUAUUUCAAUACUACGCUUGAAAGCUCUAGUCCUGUUAACAGGAUGCUGAAGCUGCUGGAUUCUGGGAAUUUGGUACUGAUUGAUGGGAGCUCAGGAAAUAUUCUGUGGCAAAGCUUUGCUGAGCCAACUGAUACUUUUCUUCCAGGCAUGAGCAUGGAUAAAGGUUUAAAGUUGGUUUCCUGGUGGGAUUCUGGCAAUCCUAAAACUGGGAACUUCACAUUUGAGCAAGAUCAAGAAAAUAGGCUGUACAGGAUAAUGGAAAGGUCAACUGUUGUGCACUGGGAAAGUGAUCAAUCAGGUUCAAUUGACCUGCCUUACUUUGUGGCUUUCCUCUUGUCAAAUUUUAGCCCUAGUCUCGACCGGGCUAAUUAUAAGCCUUCAAAUGCAUAUAAAACAAAUAUAUAUAAGUGGCUAAGAGAGCCAUUUACUUCUAACUAUUCGGCUGCUCUAGCUAAGUAUGCAAAUACUAGGUUGUUGAUGAAUUCCUCUGGAGAGAUACAGUUUUACAUUAAGGAAGAGGGUGUGCCUGAAUGGUUGUUGGUUUCGUCAGAGCCCCAAGAUGCUUGCAAAGUCCAUCUCCCUUGUGGCAAUUUUGGUAGCUGUAAUCUGAAAAAUGGGGGUCGUAGUUGUGAAUGUUUGCUAGGAUUCGAGCCCGUUCAUCCUGAUACCUGGAAUACUGGAGAUUUUAAAAGUGGUUGUAGGAGGACGUUGGAAAUCUGCAACCCGAACACCAAACCUCACACGUUCUUGAAUCUGAAGUUGAUGAAAGCCGGGAAACCGGACUUCUUAGCUGCUAGUGCUAACAGUGAAAAUUUGUGCAGACAGGGGUGUCUCAGCAAUUGUAAUUGCCUUGCAUACUAUUUCGGCGGGCCAAGUAUAACUGAUAAUCUUGAACAAGGUUGCUCCAUGUGGACUUCUGUGCUUACUGAUUUACAAGAGGAUAUUGAUCGUGGCCACAAUCUUUCCUUUCGUGUAGCAGUUUCUGCCAUAGAAACCACGAGUAGAGAUUGCCAGACUUGUGGUAAACACAUAAUACCAUAUCCAUUGAGCACUGGGCCCAACUGCGGCGAUCUUUCAUACCAUAGUUUCACCUGUAAUGACUCCAGAGGCCAACUUUUCUUCUUGAUGUUGAACAAUAGCUAUGAAGUGAUUAACAUCAAUAAGGAAGACAGGAGAUUUGUUAUCCAAGUUAAUCGCCAAAGGGCUGAGAAUUGUGAUGCCAGGUCAGGCAGAGUUCUGCAGUUCAGUCCAUCAAUGCCAUUUAAUGUUACUAAUUGGUGUUAUAAUGAACCACUUACCUCAAUUCAAAUGAUAGAGAUUACCUGGAAACCCCCUCCGGAACCAAUUUGCAAUUCAUUAAAAGAUUGUAGGGGUUGGCCAGAUUCAAAUUGUUCAACUGCAAUCGAUAAGCGGAAAAGGUGUCUUUGCAAUCCCAACUACAAAUGGAAUAACCUGAAGUGCAUUUCAGGUGCGAACAUAUAA